AUGUUCCAACUCAUUGAUUGGGUCAAAUUCAAUCUAAUUUUUGGUUUAUUUAUUUUCAUAACUUUACUCAUUGAUACAUCAACAUCGAUACAGAUAUCAACUCAAAAACUAAACAUUGACAAUAAUGGUGUUCAUAGCAAAGAUGAAAGUGUUGAAAGAAGCAAACGUUUUGCCUGUUUAUUUGGCUGCAAUUCAUGUGGUUCACCAGCCGGUCGACCAAGACCUCGAGCUCGACAAAGGACAAGGUACAUACCUUUGCCACCAUUGAUUAUACCAUCACCAAAUCAAUCAUCAUCAAAUCAAUAUGGGGCAAUAUCGUCAUCAUCAGCGACUUCACCCAAUCCCUUUUACAAUUUUCCACAAUUGCCAAGUUUACCCUCAUUCCCAGCUUAUCCUAGCUUUCCCAGUGUUCCCGACUUUCCACCUUUACCGGCAUUCCCAGAGCUUCCAAUACCUAAAAAGCUUCCUCGAUUACCUAAUUUACCAGCAUUACCAAAAUUACCAAGUUUCCCUUCAGCACCAUUCCCUCCUUUACCUCCAAUGCCUCCUCUAGCACCACCAGGAGGCUUACCAGCACCACCAGGUUUACCAGGCGCCCCAGGUCUACCAGGAGCGCCAGGUUUACCAGCACCACCGGCACCUCCAGCACCUCCGGCGCCACCAGGCCUGCCAUUUGGCUGA